AUGCAACAAUCUCAACCAUCAUCAUCAUCAUAUAUGUAUCCAUCAUCACCGACGCCUAGUGUUCCACUCUACGAUUCAGGUUACUCAUCAUAUGGCUAUACAUCACCUUCACCAUAUUCAUUACAUUAUUCAACAUGUCCAUAUGCAAAUAAUGAAUCAUACUAUAUUCCUGCGGAACCUUAUAUGCCAUACUGCAGUCCAGCAUCAGAAACAAUACAACAAAUUCCACAACCAUUUGCUAGUAGUACACCUAAUCAACAAAGUAACGUAUGUCUUGUCCCGACAAUCAAGAAUGUACAACCGAAACGUCGCCUUCAACAACAACAACAACCAGUCAUGGCUUCUCCAUCUUUUUGCCCAACUCGUAAACGUAUCAGCGAUGAAGCAAUUGAACGUCUUAAUGCAUUUUAUGAAAUAAAGAAACGCCCAACAGAAGCAGAAAAAGAUCGUAUCGCAAUGGAAUGUGAUAUUUCGCUAGCACAGGUCAAUACAUGGUUCAAUAAUGCACGCUCACGUCGUGGUGAUACCAAUCCAAAAUUAGCGCAAAAAUUACUGAAGCAACAAAUUGCUGCGUUAAACAAUCAAGUUACUCUUCUUCAACAACACCAUCAACAGUCGUCGUCUGGACAUGACUCAUUUUGA